AUGAAGGCCGGAAGACGAGGAGGUGCUGCUAACAAAAACAUGGCCAUCGCAGCUCGCUCCCAGCAGCCCCCACGGAUCCUUGUGGUGGACAUCCGACCCCCUCACUGGGCCCACACCUCUCACCGGCUCUGUGAUGCCCUGGAAAACGUCUUCUCCCUGGCUUGUGGCUUGGCAGGUCCUCCCCGCAUCCCCCUGUUCAGCCUCUAUGUGGCCCAGAACCAGCAGGAGUGCCUUCUGCCCUUUGUGCCCGUGCGGGGAUGCUUUUCUCGGCUCCAGCGCUGCAUCGCAGAGCUGCGCAGCUUCGCGGCGGAAGGAGCGUCCCGGGCUGGUCAAGACGUGCUCAGCCGGGCAGUGCAGGACGGGCUGCAGCAGUUCAAGCAAUACACCGGGCAGGGCUUGGCAGGUGCCUCACGGUGCGGCUCUUCUGUGGAGAUCACGGUCCUGACUAGCCAGCUCGGCACAGAAGUAGCCAAAUGGUUGGAGGCAGGGCUGCGAGGGGCCAACCUGGCCUGCCUCCAGCAACUGCAGGUGCUGGCCCUCUCCAGAGGGGGCGCCCAGGAGCCCUCGGAAGGUGAAUGGGCCCACCCGGCCGGGCAGGGGCCCAAUGGCAGCGGUGAGUGCAGCGGCCCGGUGGCUCGCAGCGGGACGCGGCUGCCUCUGCGCUGGGCCCAGGGCGGGUGGGCGUGGGUUGUCCACAAUCAGUGGGCACACAAGAGAGUGCUGGCGUUCCAGAUGUCACCUAGCAGAGCACGAGAUUAUCCGGCCGAUGACCCAUCCCUGGACCAGCGCCUUCCCGGAGGAGGCACUGCGAUCCUGGGCACAGGCAUUGACCUCCAGGCUGUGGAGGAUGACACGGUGGCCCUGGAGAUGUUCUUCAAGACCUGGCUCCAUGAUCAUGACACCAGUCAAGAGCACCUCCAUCUCCUCCUGCCCUCUGGAGCCCUCGGUCAAUCUGCUGUGCCCCGAGCCAGCCAGGUGUGUGUGAAAUGCGACGUCCAGGAAAGGCUCCUCAGCCCCACUCUGCUUCCUGCGGACUGCGGUGGGACAGCAAGCGUGGACAAUGCCACCAGUCCCUUCUGGGCAGCAAGGAGCCACGGGCAGACACCUCCAAAGCUCCGAGUGCUCAGGGCACUGAAGACUGAAGGAUUGUGUGAAUCGGUGCUUUUCGGGCUCCCACUGGUCAUCAAGCCCACAAGCUGCUGGCAGAUGAACUGGGAUGAACUGGAGGCCAACCAGCACACUUUCCAAGCGCUUUGCCACUGCCUGAGGGAGCGGGAAUGGCUGCUCCUGGCCAGGUAUGAGCUCCGAGGGGAGACUGGUGGGGCCGGCGCAGCAGCCAGCUAUCAGGUCCUCCUGCCCUCGGGCUCCUCGCUGCUGCUGCGCCCCGUGGCCACCCGAGAGCUCCUGCUGCCCUGCUCCUUUCCUCUCCUUCCUGUCAACGCUCCCGACACUGCACUCUGCACAAUGGAGAGCAUCCUGGACAGCCUGGUAGUGGAACCUGCCUACAACCCCUUGAGUGUGACCACACACCUGUACGGGGUGCUGAGGAGCAGCUCAGGCCAACCGCCUGCGCCCCGGCUUCAGCGACCGGCAGAAUGGCCCUUGCCACGCCAGCAAGCCAGCCGACCGCACCCGAGCAAGGCCAGGGCGACUGUGGCUCCGCUCCGCAUGGCUCUUCCUGCUGCCGGCCUCGCGUCCUCGCUCCCCUCGGAUGAAGAGGAGGAGUUCCUCGCCUCCACGUAG